GGUACUUCAUGGCUUCAGCUGCCUCAAAUGGUACCUGUGCCAUGUCCGGCUUGGCUGCUGUCAGUUUAUGCCAAAGACGUACUGACACGGGAGCCAGAACUAAAGGCCAGGGUGACCUCCAUCUAUGGAACCAUCCUGAAGAUGGAUUCCACUAAAAAGGUCACUAAGAAACUGGCUGGUGAGGCUGCUGACACAACAGCAUGGGUCACAGAUGUGGGCAACGAGUUUGGGCAGGUCCUCAUGUGUGUCCUCACUGAGGCAGAGGGUGAUGGCCUGCUUCCCAUGUGCUCUGGACUUGUGGAGCGCUACCGGAGAGCUGGAGAAGCUCCUCCCCAAGUCCUCUAUGUAGACCGGGACUGUUGCUCUGCCACCGGGAAAGGAAAGGCGGCAGCAAUGUUUAGUGACUGGGACCAGCUGGUUGUCAGGCUGGAUGUGUGGCACUUCAUGCGGAGGUUUGCAGUAGGAGUGACCACAGACAGCCACCCGCUUUACGGGCCCUUCAUGAAACGCCUCACCGCUUGCAUCUUUGAAUGGGAUGCUUCGGAUGUGGAGAGGCUAAAGGAGAGUAAGCAGUCAACAGGCUGCCAGCCCAACACCACACUCGCACUCGAGGGGCCCAGGAGACUAAGCAGCUAAUUGAGAAGCUGCUUAAAGACUUCAUGGGGGCAACAGACACCAUGGGCAUCAAGCUCCUUGACCAGGAGAGGAUGCAGGAGAUCUGGUGGACCCAACAGCGCCAUAUAGACUGUAUCCAGGACCCACCAUGUGUACAGCUGUACAGGAAGACAGGACAGGUGACCAAGGAUGGGGUCAUUCUACCUUUGUACCGCUGUGCACGUGGCUCAACAUCCCUGGAGUUGUUCCACCUCCAUUUAAAUCGCUUCGUGCCAGGUACAAGUGCAAAUGCCUUGCAUUUUCAAAUGUACCUGUUGGAAGGACUAGUGCAGUGGAACGAGGCACGUGGGGUCACUGCAGUUGAAGGUGCCAGUAGGGAGGACAUCUGCUAUGGCGGCCAGCUACUGCAGUACUGUAACGUACUGAGCCAGCAGCUUCUGGGUCGGAAACUGGCACAGGAUUACACCAGCCCGGGUGAAUACACAGGAGAGCUCAUUGGUGUGGAAUACCUGUAUUCUCAAACCAGCAGAGCGUUUGAGGAAGACUUUGCUGUAGAUCCUGACAUUCCAAAUGGGAUUCGGGAUGAAGACCUGCAGGGUGAUCUGGAGGGUGAUGAGGGGUUUGAGGAUGUGUGUCUUGAUGAGCCCAUUGAAUUUCUGGCGCUCGAGGACAAUGACCUGCAGCCCCUUCAGGAGCAGACAGCAGCCCUACAACCUCCUGCUCUGGCCUCAUCCCAGAGAGACCCAGCAGCUGAGUCUUCCUCUCCUGCCUUGUCCACUCAGAGCCAGAUGGAGAGUGUGGGACCAGAUGGCCAAACUGGUUAUGACCACGUCAUUAGGCUGGCCGACGGUCUGGUUGGCCUGCGCCAUCAGGGGUUUGUCAUUCAGAGCAAGGUGGAUGAGAUCGUCAUGCUCUGGAACAACCUGUCAGAAUGUGACAAGGGCCCUCUCAUCUAUCCCCCCGCCACCGUGACAGACAACUAAAGGGUCGCUUCAAGGUCAGCCAUUCAAAGACCAACGUAACCCCUGGCGCUGACAGUCUGAAGAGAUGCUUUCUUGGUGUAGGUGGACCAGCUCAGUGGCCCAGCGCAAGCCGGGUAGUGGAAGCCGUCUGCCUGGCCCUCUGCCGGAUUUACCCUACUGGUCAGACUAUCGGCGGAGUCCGUGUAAACCGAUGGGCUGCCAUUCUAAGGGAUUACAGGAUGAUCCGAGAUGUAGUCCUGGGCAGCCCCGGAAUCAUGGCUCAGACUAAAUUAAAGCUGUUUGAGCUGAACCAGCUUACAAUCUCCCAGUGGCACAAUGCCCGGAUAAAGAGGCAGGAGAGGGAGGUCUUACAGCAGGACAUUAUGCCUUUUACUGCUCCUUUGGUGGCCCCUGAACAGCUCCCACCGGUACUGCCAAAACUGCCGGAAGCAAUCCAACAUAGACACUCAUCCUUUGUGUUUGAAAUACCUCAGGAUGCUUCCGGACAGGCAGCACAGCGGUCUCGAGGCCAGCCUCCUCCACCUCAAGUCCCUCCAGCAGCAGCCCACACUGCCACUUCUUCCACACAUUCAUCUGUACCAGUCGCAGCACCAGAAGAGAAGAGGAUACCCAGGACCACAGCGUGGCGGCAAAAGAAGCUGGCAGAGGCUGCCACAGCAGCUGCAGCUCAAGGUUUGAACCCUAGGAAACGGCAAAGACCUCAUCAGUUUCUUUGCCAAAAAUGUAACCAGCCAAAGACUAAAGAAUUUGGUCACAGCCAGUUCCGAGGUGUCCACUUCUGUGCAAAGGCUUCUGGGAAGACUGUGGCACAGUGGAUGGAGGAAGUCAAGAGAGGAGAGACAAAAUAGACAAGGACACAAAAUUAAUAUGCUGUACAUAUAUUUAUUAAUAUGCUGUACAUUUGUGUUUUUUGUUUAGUAUAAUCACUAUAUAUACGUGUAACCUAAUGGGUAAUAUUGUUGUUUUAUAAUACAUAUAUAACCUUGUUAUA